GACUGCUUGUCGGGACUCGAGAAAAUCAAAUGGCAGAGGGUUAACUAAGAAUCUGCAUCCAGGAGAAAUAUAGACAAACAAAGGAGAAGAUGGGCAAGCUUGGGUGCGGCAUCGAUGGGGUCCUGAAUGAAGCCAAAUUCAGUGAACCACUGCCAUGGAUUGGUGUCUACAUAGCGGCAGCAUCUCUUGCCUGUGCGCUUGCUAUGGCCGCAGAUGUUAUCCAUGGCUUCCGCCAUUCGAAACUAUGGUUCCCUUGCAAAUUAUUCACCAUCAAUGCCACCUCCUUGACUAUAAUAGCCGUCGCUGUCAAACUAUCAGUGGAUCUGAACACCCCCAUGCCUCGUGGCCAAGAUCAGCUUGCAAAACUAAGCAGCGCCGCCUUGAUCUGUACGGUAAUGGGUAACUCUAUGCCUUCUUUAGGAACCAUGGAGAAUAAAGAAAUAUUGAGCAACGUUGUAGCUUUGGGGAUACUUGUUAUUACUGUUGUCGUCAAUAUCUGUAUUCAACUUGGUACCGGUGUAAUCUAUGUGUUCGUUUUGGAACAUGCUAUCAUAAUGUUUCUCAUGCUUGUUUUAUUACUUGUUUUCAGCUUUUCAGCUUUGACUGUUCCAACUAUUAAGCGUUAUUUAGAACUUAAAUACAAAAAGAAGUAUGAAAUGGCUCAAAAAGAAUGCUUAAUGGCAAAAGAAAGUGGCCGGCCAUUAGUAGAUAAACUUAGAGAAGCUCUAAUGAAAUAUUGGAUGAUGGCUCAUACCUGUAGUCCCCAAUUUGUUAUGGGAAGAUCAGUUACAUGUACUGCCUCAGGUGCCUUAUGUCUGUUGAGUGCUGCAACAUUAGCUGAAGCCAUGGUUCGAUUUUAUGUGAUGCGUGGGUCAUUUGAGUUCUGCAAAGGGGAUUCUGAUUAUAAAUGGUCAAUCAAUUUAGUGCUACUUACACAGGCUGUUGCUGUUGGAAUGGGUACAAUUGCCCCUGCAAUGAGAUGGUUUCUUGCUAUCAAUUUCAGGUGUCCAACAAGAGGCAGGAAGAAGGGUUGCGACAGCAACUACAAGCUAGAAGAGUACUGGAUAAAGGCAUUAGUGGAGAUGAAAGAGUGCCCGUUGAGCUACAUACCAAUACAUCAUCCGCAAUGCAGGAGAAUUCUCCAUGAUGCAAAGAUCAAACUUCUCAACUUAUGUAUUGGAAUUCAGGCUGGAAUUGUGUUCAUGAGCAAAGUGAUUCGUUUCGUCUCGGUUUACUUUAUGGGUACGAUUUUGUUAUGCUAUGACCAUGGUAGAGAUUGGCUGAUGAAAUUCACACCUAACAACAGCAUUAGAAAUGACUCAAGUCCAGAGUCACCCCCAAACUACAAGCAGGAUCUCAGCCGUUUUGUUUUGCAUCUUGAAGGUGAAGAUGCACUGGUUGACCUAAUGAUGAAGGAAAACCGAGAUGCCACCGAUUACUGGUGGCAGAAAGCAAAGAAGCGACAGCCAAAACAUCUCAUGGAACUUUUGGAACUAUCAAGACCUUCUGAGGGAUUCAAAGGACUUACAGAGUUUGACAGUUUCAAAGUACCCCCUCUAGAUACUGAAGAAGCUCCAAAUUGUUGGUCUCUUUCUUUGGUGACACUGACAAGCAUCGCGUUUGCAGUUCCAAACAUCAAUGGCUACUCAGUCAAACAUCUUAUAACUGGAGUAAAUGAAGGCUUGGUGUAUGUCAGAAGCAUAGAGCACAUGCACGGGAAGCUGGUAAACAACGGGAAGGCUGCGGAUAUUGUCUGGCUAUCUGUUGAGCUGUAUCAUAGGUGGCUAAAUGUGGACCUUCGUAAACUGUCCCUCCAAGGAAAAAGCACAAAGGAAAUACUAGAAGUACUUUCUGAUUCGGCAAAGAACAUAUUCAUGGAAUUUAAGAAGAACAAUGCGAAUCUGUGUCUAAUGGAUAGCCCUUCAAAGUGGCCUAUCAAGGUAUUGGCUGCUAAUUCCAUGUACAGGAUAAGCCAAUCCCUUUUGCUAGACUACAAAGACAAAAAUUACGAGACGAGUGAAAGACUAUUCGAAGCGAUAAGGGUCAUGGUUUCUGAUAUAUUGGCUGCUUGUCUCACCAACUUACAAUGUUUCAUUUCAAACAAGUGUUCGACCAGCGCCAUAGAAGAGAGGGAAGAGAGUGUGAGACAUGCAGCUCAUGUUAUGGGGAAAACUGAAAAGGUUCUGAAACUCCUCCAUCAAAAAUCACUUCCCGGCUUAACUCCGGAUCAAAUGGCAGUCAUGGACGAGUGGCGAUCAUUGUAUAAGCUGAACAGCUCUUUGUGUGACACACCACAUUCUGAGUUAUCUUCCCCCACUCCCCGUGAAGUGUACCUAAUUAUUGACUAAAUGUUGGGAAACCAGACCCAGGAGUUAGAUUAUGUCUAAUUUUGUGAUGCAGAAUAGUCCAUGUCUUUGUCAAAGGCUAGUCUCAAUGUACAUUAUAGGUUCGUGACCAAGAACAGGAAACUCCAUCCUUUGGUUUUCAUGGAAACUCAAGUUUUCCUUCAUUUGUUGUAUUAUAUCCUUUUAGAACAGGAAUCCCAUCGUUGUUGGUCCAACACUUCCUGGUUACCUCGUUUACAGGCUCUGCUGUUGCAUUCAAUAGAAUAGUAUGUGAUUCAGCAUUUAGAUUAAAUUUAAAAUGUGAUACGGAAUAGUCCUGAAUUUACCACGUAAGAUUGAAUACAAAUAUUUUUGUUUUUGAA